CUAAAAUAUGUCAGUAGACUAUACUGAUAUUCAAAAUGAUAGGCAGAAAAUGUAUGCUGCAUGUGUGCUUCAGCGACUGCAAUUUGGCUAGCAGUUAACUAUAUAUUAAAAAAAGGAUAUUUAUAUUUUAUUGUUUUGGUGUUUCUUUAGCAUGAUGGCUGGAUACAUUUAAAUUUAAGCUCCCAUGGACAUUUUAAAAAAUAUCUGUGAUUUGUAUCUGUCACCUUGAUUAAAAGAGUCGCAAAACACCCCUCGGCUCAUCUGAAUAAAUCACAACAAGGGAUGCUGAGCAGCAAUUACACUGUUGCUCAAACUGGACAACGUUUUUACAUAAACAAUUUCCCCAUCCAGCAAACACUAUAAAUUGUGCAAGGAAAACACUGGGACAGAAAGUUCCUUUGCAAUGUAGUACAGAUCUCUUUGGACAUCAUGGAAUCCUCAACUGACAGCAAGUAUUUUGUGGCAAGAUCUGUUUAUUCAGACCAGUCCUUCAAGGAAGAACAUGAGAAGAGAGAAAUUGUUCACAGACCACUUAAACAAAAGUUAAAAAAAACAUUCAGCUGUACCCCUAAAAAGGCAUACAGGGUAGCCAAAACUUUUAUACCUGUCUUGGACUGGCUUCCCAAAUACAGAUGGAAAGAAUGGAUUGUGUCAGAUAUUAUAGCUGGAGUCAGUGUAGGUCUAAUUUCAGCUUUACAAGGUCUGGCUUUCGGAUUGUUGGCUGGAGUUCCUAUUCAGUUUGGGCUAUAUUCCUCUUUCUUUCCUGUUUUAACAUACUGCUUCUUGGGGACCUCUAAGCACAUUUCAGUUGGGCCAUUCCCAGUGGUAUGUCUGAUGGUUGGGAUUGUUACUAUAUCUAUGGCUCCAGAUGAUCAAUUUUCCGUUAUAACCAAUGGCACUACAGUCAUAAACACAACGGCCAGGGAUGCAGCUAGAAUUAACAUCUGUGGGACACUCUCCUUCCUGAUUGGAAUCCUACAGCUUUUUCUGGGAAUAUUUCGGAUUGGAUUCAUUGUUAGGUACCUGGCAGAUCCACUGAUCGGAGGCUUCACCACAGCUGCCGCUUUCCAAGUGACUGUUUCACAAAUAAAAACCAUCCUCAAUGUUCCUGCCAAAAACUACAAUGGUGUGCUUUCCAUAAUAUAUACAAUUAUAGAUAUAUUUUCCAACAUUGCUCAAACUAAUUUUGCCGACCUCAUUGCUGGGCUGCUGACUUUAGUAAUUGUUCUAGCGGUAAAGGAGGUAAAUGAUCGCUUUAAAGAGAAGAUUCGUGUGCCUAUUCCUAUAGAGAUUAUUGUGACAAUUGUAGCUACAGGAAUUUCCUAUGGAGCGAACCUAGCAGGGAAAUACAAUGCAGGAAUAAUAAAGACCAUUCCGAGCGGAUUCAUUCCACCUAUGUCACCAGAUGUCAGCUUGUUUUCCUCGCUCAUUAGUUCUGCGUUUUCCACUGGAAUAGUUGCAUAUGCUAUUGUAAUAUCAGUUGGAAAGGUCUAUGGGACAAAGAAUAACUACAGGGUUGAUGGAAAUCAGGAAUUCAUUGCCUAUGGGAUCAGCAAUAUGUUUGGAGGCAUUUUCUCUUGUUUUUGUGCUAGCACUGCUCUGUCUCGUACUGCAAUUCAAGAAGGAACUGGAGGAAAAAGCCAGAUUGCAAGCAUGAUUUCAGCACUCAUGGUUCUCAUUGCUAUUGUGGCCAUUGGCAGGCUACUUGAACCUCUGCAAAAGUCGGUGUUGGCAGCUAUUGUUGUAGCCAAUUUAAAGGGAAUGUUCAUGCAGGUCCGUGAUAUUCCUGUUCUUUGGAGACAGAAUAGAUGGGAUGCAGUUAUAUGGGUUUUCACAUGCGUCUCAGCAAUCAUCCUUGGUUUAGAUUUGGGAUUGUUGGCUGGUUUAGUGUUUGGACUAUUGACUGUUGUUCUGCGUGUCCAGUUCCCAUCAUGCAGUUCUCUUGCAAAUAUCCAUAACACAGAUCUUUAUAAAGAUGUAAAGAUGUACAAAGAUCUUAUUGAGCCAGGAGGUGUAAGAAUUAUUCGAUUUUCUGGAGGAAUUUUCUAUGGCAAUAUUGAAGGUUUGAAGAAUGGCAUUAAAAAAAUAGUUGGAUUUGAUGCUACCAGAGUUUUUGACAAGAGGACAAAGGCUCUUCGUAUGAUUCAAAACCUUAUCAAGAAAGGUCAACUGGGAGCAACUUGGAAUGGUAUUGUCAGUGGUACAGGGAUCGAUAAUGAGGGUUUCGAACUAGAUGAUGAACAAGAUGACCCAGAAUUAGAACAAAACCACGACAUUCACACAAAUGAAGUGGAGAUCCAAGUGGAUUGGAAUUCAGAGCUCCCCUUAACAGUGUCUGUCCCUAAAGUUACUGUUCACACUAUUGUUUUUGAUUUUGCACCAGUCACCUUUCUCGAUGUGAUGGCAGUGAAAAACUUAAAACUGAUAAUUAAAGAAUUCAAGAGGAUUGAUGUAGAUAUUUACAUUGCAGCCUGUGAUGAUAAUGUCUACAACAAAAUGGAAGUCUGCGGAUUUUUUGAUGAUGCUAUCAAGCCUGACAUCUUUUUCCUCACUGUCCAUGAUGCUAUGCUCUACAUAGAAAAGGAGAGAAACUUUGAAAGUGCAAGUGAUCCCAUACUUGAAAAGAUUUCACUAAUGCAGGAGAAUAAAGGACAGCUGGACUUCUUGAUAGAGCCAGUAGAUCCAGUACACCAGGAGUUAGCGGCACAUGAAGAGGCUAUUAAACGAUACGCAUCAUAAGGCACCCUCGAGCUGCCAAACUGGAUUCAAACACCAUCUUCUUAUCUCUAACCAUACCAGAGUCUACAAACUUCUUUUCAAGUACAGAGAUAUAUGUCAUGUAAUUAAAUUAUAUAAAUAUUUGUACAACAAAAGAAAGAAAUGCUGCAACUGUUUUACUGUAUGUUAUUGAAAGUUAGUCCUUUUAUUGUGUGUUCUUUUUUUGAUCUUUAGUAAAUGCUAUGUACAAUGUAUACUGUAUCCCAUUACAUAAAAAUAAACGUAUUCUUUUUAACAUUCAAA